GAUAACUCCCAGAGACGAGCCAGCGGCAUCCCCCGCCUCUCUCGGCUUCCUCGCCCAGUCUCCGUAGUCCAGCCAACACCAUCUCCAACUCCGGCUCCGGCUCCGGCUGCAAGCUCCACGUCAUCGCUUCGUCCAAGGCCAUCCCGUGAUAGUCUUGCGGGAGACGCAACUAGUGCCAGGGAUAUCCAGAACCCAAAGCUCCGGGCCUCUACUUCCCGUGGCCAAUUGCGCCCCGGCGCCAACAUCAGCGAACGAAAGCCAUCUUUACGAAACUCAACGUCCAAUUCUUCGCUUCGUUCCAACUCCACUCGCACGCCUGCCUCAAAACCUGCUGCCUCGAAACCUACUGGCCCGGUCGACGAUGGAGAGCCCCCGGCUCUCUCACCUCGGGCUCUUUCACCUCGGGCUCUCUCACCUCGGGCCCUCUCGCCCCGGGCCUUUUCACCUUCAGCUCUCUCACCUCGAGCUCUCUCGCCUUUGUCCCCGGCUACCUCUCCGAGGGGAGACAUGCCCCAGAUCAAUGCGCCGAAACCCUCGCUUUCUGAUCGCACUAUUGAAACUCUUUCGCAUCUGCCUUCUUCUCCCGCUUUAAGAAAAGGGUCAACAAAUUCAUUCUUUGACUCAGGCAGGCCCAUGUCGCGAGCCGAGAGCUCUGCUUCAAGGCCAAGCUCCAGCUAUACUUCUGGUGGAUCUGCAGGGCAUCCGUCACGCCCAGGUUCGAGUGGCGGAGGAGACGAUUCAGGGUUCUCAAAUCCCAGAAAGUCAUCAGCCAAUCUUUUCAAACGACCUCUUUCGGUUAUUCAAGGUACUCCUGAUAGAGCUCCAGGCGUCGCAUCCAGCGGCGCACAGAGACCGCGUCCAGCCAGUCGUCUUUCUGGAGUAGCCUCGAAACCAUCUUCUUCUAUGCCGGAGUUCAGAAGCCCAAGCCCAGAUAAACUAGGUAAAACGCCGACGAAGAAAGUUCAGAAGCCAGCGUCCAGGCCACUAAAGCCGAAAGCAUCUGCCCGCGGGCUUGCCAAAAAAGCAGCACUUGAUGCCGGAGAGAAAUCAGGAAGCGGUGCCUCUGCCUGGGACGGUACCAUCGCCCCACCUGCUGCAGCAGUGAAUGAAGAUGCUGAUGAGCCGAAUCAGACGGCCCAAAAGUCGUCAACAGCACUUCGAGAUCAAAUUGCCAAAGCAAAGGCAGCUCGGAGAGCGGCUAUGAAGCAAACUCAGGAUCAGGAUCAGGCGCCUGGUGCAGCAUCGACUCCUAACGAAAUGGCAGCGAUUCCCUCAAAUAGUAGUUUCAAUUACGAUGCAGCAUUCGAAGAUCCUUUCAAUUUGAACAAGGGCCAAGAUGCUGGCGAAAUGGUCUUGAAACAGCGUAUUGGAGCAGCAAGAACAAGCGGUAAGCUGAACAUUGCAGCUUUAGGGCUGAAAGAGAUGCCAAGCGAUGUUAUGAAAAUGUACGACAUGGAGUCUAUUGGCGCUGGUGGGAGCUGGGCAGAGAGCGUGGAGUUGACCAGGCUUAUCGCCGCAGAUAAUGAGCUAGAGACGUUGGACGACGUCAUGUUUCCAGACCUUGGCCUUGAAGAGCUUGAGAACGAUGAGGAGGGCCGUGGUAACAUGUUUGGAGGGCUCGAGACAGUCGAUUUGCAUGGCAAUAAGCUGCUAACGAUUCCUAUGGGAUUCCGCCGCUUCUUACAGUUAACCACUCUCAAUCUGUCGUCAAAUCGCCUAGAAAAUGGCUGCCUUGAGAUUGUCGCGCAGAUGACGGCGGUUCGAGAUCUCAAAUUAGCAAAUAAUCACCUCACUGGACAAUUGGGCUCAUGCCUCACUAGCUUGAGUGCGCUGGAGAUUCUCGAUGCUCAUGGAAACAAGCUCUCUGCCCUGCCGUCCAACAUUGAAGACCUUUCUCGGCUGCGUGUUCUCAACUUGAGCGAAAACAGCUUUGAAUCGCUUGCAUUCGAGGGACUUUCGAAACUGCCGCUGACUGAGCUUGAUUUGAAGAAAAAUCAGCUUUCUGGAACUCUUAUUGACGAAUCUAUCGACUCUCUACCGACACUUCAAACUCUUGAUGUCUCGGUAAAUAGGCUAACACGACUUGUGCCUGCCGAUACCUCGAUCAACCUUCCCGUUGUCCAUACUCUUACUCUCUCGAUGAACCGGCUGCAGGAGCUCCCAGAUAUGGCCACAUGGACAAGUCUCUUGACCCUUGCAGCAGACACAAACAACAUCUCCAGCAUUCCCCUAAGCUUUACUAGCCUCGAAAAAGUACGACAAGCAGACUUCUCUAGCAAUGAUAUCCGCGUAGUUCCACCUGAGAUUUCUCGCAUGGACAGCCUCACUUUGCUUCGGCUCAGUGGUAACCCGCUACGUGACAAGAAAUUCGCUUCAGCCUCGACAGAGGAUAUCAAGGAGGCGUUAUCGACGAGACUGGAACCUCCUCCCCCGUACCAGGAACCGGCCGGUCAGGAGCCCAUCACUACCAUGAUAAGCCAACUUGACAUUGAGAAGAAGCAGGAUAAUAUGACAACAAUCAAUGCCGACGAUGCAGAUAGCAGAUCAGAAGGUGACGAUGAUUUUGCCACACCUCCAACGUCUGCGCCGCAUUCACCUGCUAGAUCUCGAGCUCAGACGUUAGUGAGAGAGACUUGGCCGGUCAAGACAGGCGGGCUUCUCGAUCGUUCACGCACCGAGACGUCUUCAUUGAGCCCGGAAAUGUGCGCCGAACUUUCCAGGAGUUACCAGAUAAGGCAGGCACAUCUUCAUCAUAAUCUGCUGAGUGCGUUCCCCGGAUCCCUUCAGUUCUUCUCACAGACUCUUACGUCUCUGUCCUUGAGCCACAACAAAAUCUCGGGCGACGCCUACCUGACAGAAGAUGUGAGCUUGCCGGCUUUGACAGAAUUGAAUUUGAGCUCAAAUACCAUCACCAGCCUAGGUCCGUUGACAACAUUUCUUAAAGCACCUGCACUGGAAAAGAUUGACGUAUCGCUCAAUCGACUGAGCACCCUUCCUCUCGAUCUGAAACAGAGCUUUCCCAACUUAAAAGUUCUUGUCGCGUCAAAUAACCAACUAACAGAGCUUGAUCCAGCUGCCGUCAAGGGCCUCAAAGUUGUUGAUGUGUCGAGCAAUGACAUUGGACAUCUGGAUCCCCGGCUCGGCCUCUUGGGUGGAAAAGAUGGGCUCGAGCGGCUUGAAGUGACAGGAAAUCGAUUCAAGGUGCCCAAAUGGAAUAUCCUGGAAAGGGGGACUGCAGUCACAAUGAAAUGGCUCCGAGGGCGAAUCCCAGCUGAAGAGAUGGAAGAGUGGAGAGCUGUAAACGGGGAAGAUGACUCUGACGUGGACUAA